AUGCUUUCUAUAGCACCUAAACCAGCUUGUUUAAUUGCUCAUAAUGGAAUUUGUUUUGAUUUUAGACUUCUUAUGCAUGAACUAAUUCAAUCAAAUUUAUUAGAAAAAUGGCCAAUUCCUGAAGGGGUUUAUUUUCUCGAUACAUUAUCCUCCUUGCCAGACAUUGAAAAUUCUUUUGACAAUGAAGUUGAAAUUACAACAAGAAAUGUUAAUUGGAAAUAUAUUAUUUCACAAAAUGAAGAGGAGGAAGAAGAAAAUGAGGAAGAAAUUGAUAAUAAUGAAAGAACAUCAGUUAAUUUUGAAAAUUUAAUUAGAGCACCGCCAACAGAAGAACAACUUCAAAAAACUCCAGAUUUUAACAAAAAACAAAAUGAAAAGAAAGAAAUAGGGAGGAAAGGGUAA